AUGCCAAGGGGAUGGAAAGUCCCUAAAUUUACUAAGUUCGCGGGGGAUACUGAAGAAUCCACCAUCGAACAUGUGGCGAGGUACCAAACCGAGGCUGGUGACAUAGCAAACAACGAGGACUUGAAGUUAAAAUACUUCCCAAGUUCUCUCACGAAAAAUGUGUUUACCUGGUUCACAACGCUACCUCCACAGUUGAUCCAAAUAUGGACACAGUUGGAACAGUUUUUCCAUGAACAAUUUUACAUGGGACAAUCAAAGAUUAACCUUAAGGAACUAGGUAGCGUUAAGAGAAAGGUCGCUGAGUCAAUUGAUCAGUACCUGAACAGGUUUAGACUAUUGAACGCACGAUGCUUUACUCAAGUCCUUGAACACGAACUAGUCCAAAUGGAGGCUAGGUGUCUAGAUUAUUUUAUAAGGAAGAAGCUGGAUACCCAGUAUCUUAGGAAUAUGGCACAGUUGGCCGAUAGGGUUCGUCGUAUCGAACGCUUGAAAGCCGAAAAGUCUAAGGCAAGUCGAUAUCAUAAAAAAAAAGUGUCCUACAUCGCAGUCGAAGGAAGUUCUUCCGACGAUGAAGAUAUAGUCUACACGAGUGAGGUUAACGUGGCAAAACUUAAGCCCGGACCUCUAUAUGCGUGCAAGGUUUUGAAACCAUCGAAUGGGAAAAACCCGGUCGAACUAGAAAGAACAGAUAAAUACGCCGCUAAGACGUAUACGUUCGACGUGUCUAAAUGCAACGAGAUCUUUGAUCUAUUGGGAUUUGCUGUAGAAAACUCUGAAAGAAGGAAGGCUCUAGUUUGGCGAAAGGCCAAAAAUGCAGUUGGAUUCUGA